AUGCGCGUCACUCAGGUCAUCGCAACUCUUGCGCCUAUCGGUCUUGUCGCCGCUGGACCUCUACAUGGUCACUCUCGCCAUACCCACCUUCAUCAUCUCCACCACCGCUCUCUCACAAACGGCACUCUAGCCAACUCCACUACCACAGAUACUGCCAACUCUACGAUCUUCGCUGAUCAUAUUUCAUACGAGACUUCUACAGUCAAUGUUGCUGCUAACUUUGCAGAUGGUACUGAUGCCAACUCUGCUAGCUCAGAGGUAGCUUCCAGCACCAUCUCGGAAUCAAGCAGCAUCUACUCCUCCACGACUGCGCAGUCAGAAACUGCUUUCCCAACUUUGUCACUCACUUCCGAUGGUUCUUAUGCGAGCGGGUCUCCUUCGAACUCAUCAUUGGCUCUGAACAACUCAACCGCCAUUCCUUCCGAUGCAUCUGUUUCGGUUGUUCUUGCUGUUGCAGCCACCACACCUACUGCUGUUGGCGCACUUUCUCAGACUGUUGAUACCACUACCAGCAUAUCUGUCGAUACUGUCUACAACACCGUCACUGUCAAUGGAGCCGUCACUACUGCAUCUGCAAGCGAAAAGACUGUUACCGUUACCGAUGUGGUCACCAACUUUGUCACCGCCACCUUCUCUGCAUUGACACCUUUCAAAGCUCCUGCCAUCAAGGUUGCUGCUCUCUCCUCCGGAUCUUCUUGUGCCGCCAUCAAGACCAGCAUCGUCUACCUUCCCGCCAGCCAGUCCCCGACUCUCAUCGCUGGAGGUGCUUCUGCCAGCAAAGUGUCUUCCUCUUCUUCCUCCAAGGCUACCAGCCACAGCACAGUCAGGUAUGUGUCUCAGUCCUCUUUGNNAAGUCAAGUUCUUCCUCUGUCAAAAGUCGAGCACAUCUUCCAAAAGACGAGCACCUCUGCCAAGCUUCCCGCGACUGUCAAAAUCGUCAGCACUUCUACCAAGAAAUCGAGCACAUCUUCCAAGAAGACUAGCUCUUCGUCUGCUAAGAAGGUUUCUAGCACUUCGUCCAAGAAAACUAGCAGUUCCUCUGCCAAGCCUACUUCAUCGUCCAAGAAGUCUUCUACCUUGAUUACCAUGUCUUCUUUGGUCCAACAUGGCGUUACCACCAAGUCCAUCGUCACCUCUUCCAGUAUUCCUGCUUUGGUUUCUGGAUCCAGUUACAAGGCAUCCUCGUCUGCCAUGUCUUCAAGCAAGGCCGUUUCGUCUGCCCAGUCUUCGAGCAAGGCCGCUGCAUCCAGUUCUGCAAAGGCUAGCUCUUCUUCCUGCGCUACUGUUGCACCUCCUGCUUCCACACAGACUGGUAUUGUGUCUGGCUGCACAAAGUGGUACACUGCCAAGUCUGGCGAUUACUGCUAUGUUAUUGCUUCUGCAAACGGCAUUUCUACUGAUACAUUCAUGGCUUGGAACCCUGCUGUCAACGCACCUUCGUGCAACAACAUCUGGGUCGGAUAUGCCUACUGUGUCGCUGCAGGCUGUAACUCGGGUUCCAACACUCCUUCCUCUGCCGCAAAGUCUUCAGUCGCUGCAACAUCCCCUGCCGCCUCCACUGCCACCACCGCAACCCAGACUUCUGGAUCUGGCUCUUCUGCCUCUUCAACCUCAGUCCCCUCCACCGCAUACAAGAUGUACACCGGCAAUGGCACCGUCGCUGCAGGCUGGCCCGCUCAAUCGCAAUGGAUGGACUUUGACUCCAUGUUCGCCGCCAACAUCCCCAUCAUGCAGCAAUCGUGCGCAAACAACGGUUGGGGCGCCAACGACUCUCCCACCGAGAUUGCUGACAUCAAAUCCGCCAUCCAAAAAGUGUCUGCCUCUUCGGGAGUGGAUCCUCGCUUCAUUCUCGCUAUUGUGAUGCAAGAAUCUAAUGGAUGCGUUCGCGUCAUCACCACCUCCUGGAGCGUCCAAAACCCUGGCCUCAUGCAAGACCACGCCGGCAGCGGCACCUGCAACUCAGGCGGUGUGAUCCAAAACCCGUGCCCAGCCUCUGAAAUCGAACAAAUGAUUACCGAUGGCACUGAAGGCACUGCCUCUGGCGAUGGACUUGUGCAAUGUCUCAAGGAAGCCGCUGUCACGGAUGUUAGUAUGUAUUACCGUGCUGCUCGCAUUUACAAUGGCGGUUUGGGCGGCUACCACGCUAAUGAUCUGGGAACUGGGUGUUGUACGCUUUGCUAUGCGAGUGACGUUGCCAAUAGACUUACGGGAUGGAGCUCUGGACCUAGCGCUUGCACCUUGUAG